GCAUUUUUCAAUCAUAGAUUCUAGAGGUCCACUCUACACCGGAAGGAAUGAUGGUAAAAGAUAAGAAUCGUCCUAAACCACCGAUGACACCAUAUGCAUGUUUCGUGCAAGUAAUACGUGAGGAACAUCGAAAAAAACAUCCGACAGAAAAUGUUAUUUUCAGUGAAUUUUCUAAGAAGUGUGCAGAAAAGUGGAAGCUCAUGAAUUUGGAACAACGAAAAUGUUUUGAGGAAAUGGCAAAAUUAGAUACGGAGAGAUUCAAUCGAGAAAUGGCUCAUUAUAUACCACCAGUCGGAAUGAAGCGAGGUCGUAGACGGCGACGCAUCAAAGAUCCAAGUAUGCCUAAACGUUCAUGGUCAGCAUUUUUCUUCUUUUGCGAUGCAUUUCGAUCAAAAAUUCGUAGUGAGCACCCCGAUUGGAAGGUUAGUGAUAUUGCCAAGGAGUUAGGUAGACGAUGGGAAGAGUGUUCCGAUAAAGAGAAAUACGAAAGACGCGCACAGAAUGAUAAAUUACGUUAUGAACAAGAUAUGGAGAAAUACAAAGCUGGAUUGUAUGUGGCGACCAAACGUGCUCGAGUUGGUGAUCAGACGAAAUCAAACGAGAUACUUUCAUGCUUAAACAAUCAGUCACAUCAUAAGGAAUUAGGUGAGGCAAGUCAAAUUUCAAAUGAUGAAGUAGGACGAGGUGAUGGAGACGAUGAUGAUGGAGAUGAAGAUGAUGUCGAUGAUGAUGACGAUGAAGAUAAUGAACAACAACAGUCAAACAGAUCUAACACUCAUGAAAUGCCUGUUUGUGGUGAUCACAAAACACCAGAACAAAUUGUCUCCAGUGAUACAAGUAGUAUUAUUAUAAAUACAGGAAAUUAG